AUGUGCCUGUUCAAAGCUAAAAAGAAAUGUGGUCUGCAUGUCUGCAAUGCUGUGCUUGUUACCUGUGAUAAAGCCUAUGCAAAUGUUGUGAAAACUGAUAAAACUGUGCUUUGGCACAAUAAGAUAGGUCACAUGAGUGCUAAAGGCCUUAAUAUCCUGAAAAAGCAUGCUAUCUUAUCUGAUUCUGAUGUGCAUGAUGAUCUACCUUUUUGUGAUACCUGUGUGCUGGGUAAACAGCACAAAGUUUCUUUCCCUACUCCUACUCCUGCUAAUGUUAGUAAGGAUAUUCUUGAAUAUGUGCAUAUGGAUGUAUGGGGACCUGCUUCUGUGUCUACUCAUUCUGGUGCUGUGUAUUUCUUGUCCAUAAUUGAUGACUUUUCAAGAAAAGUGUAG